AUGUAUGCCCAACCCGCUCCGAAUACAACCAAUUCGUCGCUUGUAAACGGCCAUCUCUCUCCACCGCGUGCGAAUGCUGCGCUCAGCUCAGCGCCUGAUUCAGAUAGCGAGAGCGCCCUCUCCGAUGUCCUGGACGACUCUGCCAUCCUUGCCCCAUCCCCAGGUGCAAGAGUCCGCUCAAUUGCAGAAAAUCAAAGUCGAAGCCCACUUGAAAGCCUUUCAUCACCUGGAGACGAUGCUUUAGGCUCUGAAGAUCCAAAUUUUGGUGAUGAGUCACCGCCCGCUGGGACUCGUUCCCCGUCCCAAAAUACUCGCUCCACCUCCGAGGAGUCUCCUAGACAGCGGAAACGAAAAGCCGGCAUUGAAAAGGAUGACUUCGUGAUGAAUGAUCCAGAGCUUUAUGGCUUACGCCGGAGUGCUCGCCCUCGACCUAAUCGUCAAUUUCGCGGUCCCCCUCGGAAACGACGGAAACCAGUACCCUCCAUCUCAGUGAAUGGUCAAACACCGUCUGGUCAGUCUAUGUCCGACCAAGACUCCGAUGUCGAUGACUAUGGAGCACCCCGCCGGCACCUUACCAAGAAGCAACACCGCCGACCACAACCUUCGACGCGGGACAAUACGCCAAAUUACGGAGAAGUCCGCUUCUCGACUCGCAAAGCCGCCAAGAUAUCGAACUACAACGAGGACGAUGAUGACAUGCUGGAUGACGAAGAACCGCAAUCUUGGACAUACAUUGAUGAAAAUACAGCACCCAAGAUCGAUUGUGUCCUUAACCACAGGAUGCAUGAAGGUAUCGAUAAGGAGAUCACAGAACCUGGAAAAGACGAUUUUGAAUAUUAUAUAAAGUGGGAAAACAAAGCCCACUAUCAUGCCACUUGGGAGACGCAUGCUCAACUCCGUGAUCGUCUCGGAUACAAAAAGCUAGAUAAUUACUUCAAAAAGGUCGCCCAGGAGGACUUCUUUAUGUCCAGAGAUGAAAAUAUACCGCUGGAAGAGCGCGAGAAAUGGAAUCUAGAUCGUGAGCGUGACACCGAUGCAUUGAUUGACUACGUCAAGAUUGAAAGAGUCAUCGGUGUCAGAGAUGGUGACGAUGACACUACCGAGUAUUUCAUCAAAUGGAAGGGGUUGCCUUAUAACAUGUGCACCUGGGAGAAAGGCGGGCUGGUCAGCGAGAUCGCCCAACUCGAGAUCGAUCGCUAUCUAAACCGAACAUCAUCUUUACCCCAGUCCAACAAGACGGAAUCGAACCCAAAUACAAGAAGCAGUUUCAAACGCAUUGCAGAACAACCGUCUUACAUCAAAAACGGCACGCUACGCGAGUUCCAAUUGCAUGGUCUGAAUUUCUUAGCCUACAACUGGUGCAAAUCAAAGAAUGUAAUAUUGGCGGAUGAAAUGGGGUUAGGCAAGACUGUCCAGACAGUUGCCUUCAUGAACUGGUUGCGGAACGAGCGAGGGCAACAAGGACCGUUCAUCGUAAUUGUCCCACUCUCAACUGUACCUUCAUGGGCAGAGACCCUUGAUUAUUGGACUCCGGACAUCAAUUACGUCGUAUAUUACGGCAAUGAGACUGCACGAUCCAUCAUCAUCGACCAUGAGUUGCUUGAUACAUCAAACCGACCCAAGUUUCACGUGAUGCUCACAACAUACGAAGAGGCUCUCAAAGAUGCUUCCUUUCUCUCGCAGAUCAAAUGGCAAUUCAUGGCCAUCGAUGAAGCUCAUCGUUUGAAAAAUAGAGAAUCACAACUGUACUCAAAGCUCCUUGCUUUCAAGGCACCUAACCGGCUUUUAAUCACAGGCACUCCGAUGCAGAAUACGCUUGGCGAACUGUCUUCGUUGAUGGAUUUUCUCAUGCCUGGGGCUGUCCAGAUCGACGAGAAGAUGGAUUUGACAUCCGAAGCCGCCGGCGCUAAAAUUGACGAGAUGACCAAGGCUGUUCAGCCGUAUAUGCUUCGCCGUACGAAGAAUAAAGUCGAAAACGAUCUACCUCCAAAGACUGAAAAAAUAAUCCGUGUUGAAUUAUCUGAUGUUCAGCUCGAAUAUUAUAAGAAUAUUCUUACUAGGAACUACACUGCUCUGAACGAGGGAGCGAGUGGGCACAAGCACACACUUCUCAAUAUCAUGAUGGAGUUGAAAAAAGCUAGCAAUCAUCCGUUCAUUUUUCCCUCUGCCGAGGAUAAGAUUCUCAAUGGCAGCACCAGUCGGGAGGAUACGCUGCGGAGCCUCAUCACUAGCAGUGGCAAAAUGAUGCUUCUUGAUCAACUGCUCAAGAAGCUCAGAAAAGAUAAUCAUCGUGUAUUGAUUUUCAGUCAGAUGGUGAUGAUGCUCAAUAUUCUCGGCGACUAUUUACAUCUUCGCAACUACCAGUAUCAGCGUCUGGAUGGCACCAUUUCUGCAGCCCAGCGUCGCAUGGCAAUUGAUCAUUUCAACGCCCCAGAAAGCAACGAUUUUUGCUUCUUACUGUCUACGCGUGCUGGAGGCUUAGGCAUUAAUUUAAUGACCGCAGAUACAGUCAUUUUAUUUGACUCGGAUUGGAAUCCUCAAGCUGACCUUCAAGCAAUGGCUCGAGCUCACCGUAUUGGACAGACCAAGCCAGUCAGCAUUUACAGACUUGUUGCUAAGGAGACCGUGGAAGAAGAAGUUCUCGAGCGUGCGCGCAACAAGCUCAUGCUUGAAUUCAUCACCAUACAGCGCGGAGUUACUGACAAGGACGUCGAAAAACGUCUGUCCGAGAAAAUGGCACGUGACCAUAAGAAGGUGGAGUACGCUGAGCCAAAUUCUGCAGAAGAUAUAUCCCGGAUCCUCAAGCGUCGAGGCCAGAAGAUGUUCCUCCAGUCUGGUAAUCAGAAGAAACUUGAGGAGCUAGAUAUUGACUCUGUGCUAGAAAAUGCCGAGGAGCACAAAACGGAACAAGCUGAAGCCAUCGAUGCGGAUGGUGGUGAAGAGUUCUUGAAAUCAUUCGAAUACACUGAUGUCGAUAUGAAGGAACUCGAGUGGGAUAGCAUUAUCCCCAAGGAACAGCUAGACGCCAUCAAAGCCGAGGAGAAGCAUAAAGCAGAUGAGCAAUACCUGAACAACGUCAUCGCGCAAAACGCCCCUAGGAAAAGAAAAGCCGAUGAAGAACGUGCGGAGCGAGCCGCUAAGAAGAGAGCAAGAGAUCUUGCUACUGUUGACUCCGACGAUGAAUCAGACCAACAGCCUGGUCUUGACCCAAGUCGGCCAUUGAAUACGAAAGAAUGUCGAAACCUAAUCACCGCCUUCUUACGUUUUGGUCUAAUGGACGAACGGAAGGACGAGAUCCUACAAAAAGCUCGACUUACCAAUAGAGAUUAUUCAGUCGUCAAGGCGACCAUUGAUGAAGUCUUCGCUACCGCAACAAGGCUUGUCAAGGAGGAACAUGAUCGCCUUGCCGCUUUGGAAAGAUCUGGAAAAACGAUUACCAAAAAGGAUCGCAAGGCUGUUCUCUUUGACUUCAGAGACGCUCAGCGAAAUAACGCCGAACAUAUUGCUGAAAGACCCGGUGAGAUGCAUAUGCUGAUGGAUGAGGUUGCCAAAUUUGCAGAUCCCAAAAGUUUCAGAAUACCCGAAGCCUCCAAACCUGCUACUUAUAGCUGUGAGUGGGGAGCCCGCGAAGAUGGUAUGCUUUGUUUGGGUAUUGUAAGACACGGUGAUGGUAGUUGGGCGGCUAUCCGCGAUGACCCCGAGCUGGGAAUGCAGGACAAACUCUUCUUGGAAGAACAUCGGGUUGAGAAGCAGCAACAACGCAUCACAGGCGGAGAGAAGGGCCUCAAAUCGCCUGGAGCCGUUCAUCUUGUGCGAAGGAAAGAUUAUCUCCUCUCUGUACUGAAAGAGAAAACAAGUCGAGGGACUAAUCUAGCCGCCAAACGUGCCGUUGAGAAUCACCAUCGCAACAACAAGAAGAGCAGCGUACAAGCUCGCCUCGGGGAUGGCCACGGGAGUGUAUCCGCUUCGCCUGUCCCGUCAUCUGCCCGAAAAGUUCACCGAGAUAUAGAUAAACAUCGACACCGAAGCAACGCGGAAGGGCGAAUCUCCCUUGCUGAGGCAAACGGGUAUACCCCACGGCAGGAUCGACCACGAUCACAUACAGAAAACCAUCAUUCGCCCGCCGGGCAGCAAAAUCAUCGCCGUAGCAAUGAACCUAGCGGCCGUGAUUCCACAAUGGACAGUCUCAUGUGGAAGAUCUUUAAGCCGGUACGCGAAAACCUAAAAAACAUUCAAAAUGCUACAAAACACAAUAUGCAGAAUAGGGCGGAGCGCGCGACCACGCUCCGUAGGGAGCUUUUAGAAGUAGGGAAACAUGUUGAAAGCCUGGCAUCUGACGAAGGAGGCGAUCUGGGCAAUUCAUUUUGGGAAUUUGUGGCUACGUACUGGCCGAACCCUGGCACCGAGGCCCACGUAAUUAACAGUUUGUUUACCAGACUUAUGAAGGAGGAAAAUACAAAGAAUGACAGCGCUGGAGUCAAUGGCAAGACCUCCGAACACCCCAACGGACAAUCCAAUGGAGCCACAACCCCUGCAGCUCCAUCUGAAGUCAAGCCAGAGGUGAAGCAGGAGGUAUCUGAAUCGGCAUGA